AUGGUCUACGCCGGCCCCUCGCGUGGGUGCAUGACCUGCAAAAGGCGCAAGGUCAGGUGUGACCUCUCCCGCCCUCUGUGCAAAAACUGCUUGAAGAGAAAGGUGCCGUGUCCCGGCGUGCCAGAACAACCCGGCAUACGGUUCAGAGACGAGACCGAGACGGUGAUUCAGCUGUUCCAAGCCGCCAACGACAGAGAAACCGCCGAGGACGACGAGUACGAAUACCCCAACGCCGUGCUCCCCUGUCUCGGCGAGGACGAGAACUUUGUCUCGCUGUGCUUCUUUUCCCACAACUAUAUGAUGGGUGGGCGAGGCGUGCAGUCUUCGCGGGGGCUGUUUGAGCAUUUGAUCCCGUACUAUCAGCCGACUGAUCCGCAUUCUUUGAUCUCAGUUGCGACUGCUUCUCUUACUGCAACCAUGCUCUCGAUGUGGCGGGGCCUUGCGCCAGAUUCGUCGCUGUCGAGACAGUAUUACGGUCGCGCCAUCGACCUCUUGAAGGACACCCUCAAGUCCCCGGAGGGAUGUGAGUCUGACAUGACCUUGAUCGCCAUUGUCGCGCUACAGUUCCGCGAAGCGCUGAUUGCCCAUCGCAAGAUGGUCAAAGUCGACGGAAGCCACCAGAAAGGCGCAUACGCCAUGGUCACGUACAGAAAGAGCAAAGGCUUCCGCAAUAUGGCCUCCAAGCGCAUCUUGCAGGAGGUGCGCAGCACUAUGGUGUCCGAGGCAAUUCGGACCCGCCGACCGGUCCACAUAGACCCGGCGGUGUGGGACGACGACGGCCCAAUGCCGUACAACCCGGCCAGUGACCUCGAUAAGAUUGCAAUCGAUCUCGCCAACCUGCAGGCUGUGUUUGAGCAAUACAAGUCCACGCUGCAGGCCGGCUUUGCCAAGGGUCAGAAGUUGCUGACUGCAAGAGACCUCAGCAUCAUAGCGUCGUUCAGGAGGACGGCGGCCGCCAUUGACCAGCGGCUGCAGAUCUGGGCAGAUGCGCAAUACUCGUUCUACUCCCCCUUGCGACUGGCAGCAGAUGAAGUUCCAGAAUCGGUCAGAAGGGCAGGCCUGUAUGGUGCCUUCUGCAACAUCUACCCGUCCGUCCAGAUCGCGGGCGUGUGGCACGCGUACACCAGCUAUCGGCUGAUCCUCCUCAGAAUGACGCUCGGUGCAGACCAAACGGUGUGUACCACGCCGAGAGAGAAUGACGUGCUGCUCUCCUCCGAAGGGGAGGCAUGGAGGACAUGCGCCGAGGAGACUUUACAGCGAUGCGUCGACGAGAUCUGCGCCGCCGUCCCGUUCCAUCUCGGGAACCGCACCGAGCCCGGGUCCAUCCACGAGCUGUCGAAUACAGCAAACAUCGAGUACCCGUGGCCUUCGCUGGCGGACAAAGACCGCUAUUCGAAUCCGUGCAGUCCGGCCAAGGAAUACGCCCGAGACCACAACGUCGUGCCCUUGACUGCAGAUGAGCGCAAGCGCCAGAGCCUCUGCAUGGGCGGCUACAACAUCCUCGGACCCAUGGCCUUUGUCCUGGGCUUAGCGGGAGAACCUCUCGAUUUGACCGGCGUGCAGAAGAAUCCGAGCACGCUUGGGUCGUUGCUCCGCCCGGACCAGAUCCCCUGGCUUGCCGGACAAAUGGGCAGGGCGUUGAAGCUCCAUCGCACGAGGAGACCACAACAACGCAGCGCUCCUCUGGCAAAGUCGAAACCCGCAGCCACAGUAGAGAAGAAUCAGGCUGACAAUGUCGCUGUGGAUGUCGUCCGGGUGAAAAGGUCCAUGAAGUAUUCCUUUGGUGUUUGA